AAUACUUCCUUUCGUUUCUGACUUUUCAAAGGUAAAGGUUGUGUUUUUGCGGAAUUAUUUAGUCAAAUAAUUUACACAAGAUGUCUGACUGCGGAGAUUCCAAUUUCGAGUCUGUCCUUGAUAAUGCCGACCCGGCUGAUGAACAGUCGCAACAUCAAGUCGAGGAAGACAUUUGGGAAGAAGGCAAUUUGGAAACAUUUAAUGAGAAAGCUCCGUCCAACGAAUGGCCAGAGAUUAAGCUAUUUGGACGUUGGAGCUGCGAAGAUAUCUGCAUUAGUGAUAUUUCACUGCAAGACUAUAUUGCAGUAAAGGAGAAAUUCGCACGCUAUUUGCCACACUCGGCCGGACGUUAUGCGGCCAAACGUUUUCGCAAGGCUCAAUGCCCCAUUGUUGAGCGCCUUGCUUGUGGCCUGAUGAUGAAGGGACGCAGUAACGGCAAGAAGUUGAUGGCUUGUCGCAUUGUUAAACAUGCAUUCGAGAUUAUACACUUGCUCACGGCGGAGAACCCCUUGCAAGUGACGGUAAACGCCAUUGUUAAUGCAGGUCCACGUGAGGACUCCACUCGCAUUGGACGCGCCGGUACUGUGCGUCGUCAGGCGGUAGAUGUUUCGCCUCUGCGUCGCGUCAAUCAGGCCAUUUGGCUGAUUUGCACAGGCACACGCGAGGCCGCUUUUCGCAAUAUCAAAACCAUUGCCGAGUGUCUGGCAGAUGAGAUGAUAAAUGCAGCCAAGGGCUCGUCCAAUUCCUAUGCUAUCAAAAAGAAGGAUGAAUUGGAACGCGUGGCCAAAUCGAAUCGCUAAAGCUGUCAGUUAUAUUUCAAAUUGA